AUGCUUCCUCCCAUGGCGCACCCUGUUUUCCUGACGCUAGGCAUCACUUUGCUUUCAAUCGGCACGGUGUUCAACAUACUCAGCAUGCUGUAUGCGCGUCAUGCAACGCCAGAAUACUCAUCCUUCGUAGAGUUACAUACACAGGGAGAAAUGAGAGAUUUGACGGAACGAAUCAACGACGCCGUGUUGAGAUUCGAGUUCGGGAACUACAGUAUCACGUCAGAUGAUGAAUGGGCCACUCUGUUUCCUCCGCAUGGCGGCCAGAUCAUGCUGAACGGAAGCAAGUACGACGUCUCGUUGUACCUGCAGCUGAAAUGCUUGGAUACCGUUCGCGUUACCUUCGUGGCACUUCGAGACGUGUUCAAUGACGAGUCACCAGCACGCGCCAUUGAUUCCGUUGACUUCAAAGAGACAGGGUAUUGCCUGGAUGUUCUAAGGCAAACCGUACUAUGUACCGCAGACGUUACGCUGGAGCCCGGAGAGGUAGUUGUUUUGUCGGAUGGUUCGAUUGAUAUGGCAGUGACCGGAAAUCAUGUUGAUCAUAUUUGCAGGGAUUGGGUCCAGGUGAGGGAGUUCGUUGAAAAAAACCAAAAGUCAUGGGAUCGUUAG